CAUCAUUACGCUACCCCGACCACUUUAGAACUUGCAACAACAGUAAGCUACCCGGACCAAUUCUCCGGCAGACGCAAUACAAACCUGACGCGUGGUUGAAGAAAAAAAAUGUUUUGGAUUUUGUUUGGACUCCUGGUCACGUGCUGCCUGCCCAGUACCCAGGCCCAGCUUGACCUCUCCAACCUGUUCCCCACCACACAGAAGGUCAUCGACUGUCAACCACAGAUCAACCAGUGUCUCGUGGCUUUUACAGCAUCCUUGGUCAACCAACAAACAGCCGCGGCCGCUAAGACGUGUGUGCAGAUAGUCAACUGUUACCUGGACGCCGUGGGCGAGGAUCUCAAGCAGCAGGCCCUCAAGUCCAUUGAUGAUGUCUUGAACGGUGUUGUUGAUGAUAUAUUUUCUGGAGUUACAUCCCCUAGAAUGUCCGUGGUGGUGACGGGCUGCUGUCUGCUGGUCGCGACACUCGUGGGACUGAUGUGGCAGUAAACACUGGGACAAACAUCUGGACUUUGGGGGGGGGGGGACAUUAGAGGGACAUUAGAGGGAUAACUAGACCCAUUGAGGGAAAAACUUCGGGACAUUAGAGUGUCAUUGACCGGACAAACAUCGGGACAUUAGAGGGACAUUAAAACAUCGGGACAUUAGAGGGACAUUGACCGGAAAAAAUUGGGACAUUAGAGAACCAUCCAGAAACAUCGGGACAUUACUGGGACAUAGAAAAAUCUGGACAUUAGAAGGACAUUGAGGGGACGUAUUACUUAUCAUCAAUAAGGCAUUAAUUUACAAAAAAAAGGGCACUGUCGAUGAGUAGACGACAUUUUGACGCAACAUUUAUGACUCUAGACAUUCCUAAUUAUACCACCUGUCUACAAUUUUUAUCGGCCACAGUAGACAAUGUACUUUCUUGUAGAUGUAUUCGAUGUAGUGACAAUUACGUUUGUACAUUUCCAAUAUUGGUUUAUUCCUCGUAUGUAUUCCUGUUAUACAUUUCAUUUAAUUGUUAACAGCUUGAUGUAGACAAAAACAAUUUGUAAUUAACUAAAAACAAUUUGUAAUUAACUAACAGGGUGCGCAUGUUGAACUAAUUGGACAGACACAUUGUUAGACAUUUAGGACAAAUUAAAUGUUUUUGGUUGAUUAAAACUGUUAUGCUUUA